AUGCACUGCACGCCCUUGUCUGAGCUUCGCCAAAAUCCAAGCGACCUGCCAUGGGUUGUACAGAAAUAUGGAGGAACUAGUGUCGGCAAGUUUCUGCAAGUCAUUGCCUCUGAUAUUGUUCCAUCUUAUUUGGAAACGAAUCGAGUAACCAUUGUAUGCUCUGCACGAAGUGGCGAAACGAAAGAGAAAGGAACAACGAACCAACUCUUACGUGCAGCUGAAGAAGCUUUGACAACCGGAUCGAAUAAGCACUUGGAAAUCGUAAAGGAAAUCACGGCCGAUCAUUUGAAAGCAGCUCGAUCAGUUAUCAAAAACCCAACGAUUCUCGAGAAACUGGAAGCACAAAUCGAGAAGGAUUGUUUGAAACUUCGCUCAUUCCUGCAAGCUGCUGAGAUAAUCGACGAAAUAUCACCCAGAUCAAGAGAUAUCAUUGCUGGUAUUGGCGAAUUGCUGUCAUGUAGCAUUGUUACGGCGAUUUUGCAGGAUAAUGGAAUUGAUAGUCAGCUUGUCGUGUUAAACAAUAUCAUUGAUCGUGAAUUCACUACCCUGGAUCAGGAGUUUUACGAUUACUUAUCCCAGCAAUUGGGUGAUGUUGUUCGCCAGUGUGGCGAUAAGAUUCCAGUGCUGACUGGUUUCUUUGGCAAUGUCCCCGGCAGUUUGCUUACCACGAUUGGACGUGGCUAUACCGAUUUAUGUGCUGCAUUAGUGUCUGUUGGAUUAGACGCUCAGGAAUUGCAAAUUUGGAAAGAAGUGGAUGGUGUAUUUACUGCGGACCCACGCAAGGUGUCGGAUGCACGACUACUACCGAACAUUACGCCCGAAGAAGCAGCAGAGUUGACGUAUUAUGGCUCUGAAGUGAUUCAUCCCUUUACGAUGGAACAAGUCAUCCGAGCCGAAAUUCCUAUCCGCAUUAAAAACGUAGAAAAUCCUGCAGGAUCAGGUACUAUCAUCUUCCCUGAAGAUCAGAAGUUGGUGUUGGAGGGAGCAGUUUCAACAGCAGCAACAGCAAACGAUAGUCGUCAAAAGCUUCCCACUGCCGUCACUAUCAAGGACAAUAUCUGUGUGCUAAACGUCCAUUCGAAUCGGAAGAAUGUGAGCCAUGGCUUUUUGGCCAAGAUUUUCGCUACCUUGGAUGAGUAUGGUGUGGUUGUUGACCUUAUCUCGACGUCCGAGGUUCACGUGUCAAUGGCCUUGGGAUCCGACAUGGUCCAAGCGAAUCUAGAUAAGGCAAUUGUCGAUUUGGAGCAGCUGGGAACGGUGGAUGUUUUGCGUGAUAUGGCUAUUCUUUCACUUGUUGGCAAGCAGAUGAAGAAUACGGUUGGUACAGCGGGAAAAAUGUUUACUGCCCUAGCAUCUGCAGGUGUCAAUAUUGAAAUCAUAUCCCAGGGCGCAUCAGAAAUCAAUAUAUCCUGUGUAGUUGACAAGGCGAACGCUCUAUCAGCUAUGAAGGCUAUUCACAAAGGACUCUUAUCCGCCGAAGCGCUCCAAGAAGCCGUCUUAUAG